AUGGCGGCAGAUUUGAGUUUGAUUGAGUUGGCAGCUCUUGCAGAUGACGACGAUUUGAUGCUGUACGCAUUGGAUGAAAAUGAUGAUACUGGACGAGAAUCAACUUUUGAUCCUCGUUGGGAACGAUUUGAUAUCAACAACUACAAUGAUGAGCAGUGCAAAGCCAAAUUCAGGUUCUCUAAAGGGGAAAUUGGUCAACUCCUUGAUUCACUUGCAAUUCCACGUGUCUACAAAUGUCCUCAUGGCUGUAUUGUAAGCGGGCAUGAUGGUUUAUGCAUGCUUUUGCGGCGACUUGUCUACCCAAACAGACUUGUUGAUCUGGAGAAGGAAUUCGGAAGACCUAAAAGUGUUCUUUCGGAAAUAAUUACUACUGUUCAUGAGGACAUCUAUUCACGAUUCCACACCAAGUUUUCGCAACUGGAACAGUCAUGGAUGGGACAAACUCCAAGAGACAAGCUCCAAGAAUUUGCAAAUGCAGUGCAUGAGAAGGGUGCACCCCUUACAAACUGUUGGGGGUUCAUAGAUGGAACGCCCAGGCAAAUCUGUAGACCAAAAUACAAUCAGAAAGUCUGUUUCAGUGGCCAUAAGAGAUAUCAUUGUAUACAAUUUCAAUCAGUAGUGGCCCCAAAUGGGUUGAUCGUAAACCUCUUCGGCCCAGUAGAGGGGAGGCGGCACGAUUCGGCUAUGCUCAGGAUGAGCAAUCUGGUUCGGAUACUCGAAAUAUUGGACUACCGCAUGAACGACGAGGACAGAACACCAAUAUGCUUGUAUGGGGAUCCUGCGUACCCCUUGAGAGACAUUUUGGUUGGACCAUUCAAGGGAGCUGUACUGACAGACGAGCAGAAGGAAUUCAAUAAAAGGAUGAGUUCGGUGAGACAAAGCGUUGAAUGGCAGUUCGGCGAGAUAGUUGGUAUAUUUGCCUUCCUCGACUACGAGAAAAACCUGAAACUUUAUCUUCAACCUGUCGGAAAACUGUACGUGGUGGGGGCAUUGCUGACCAACUGCCAUACCUGCAUUAAAGGGUCGCAAACUGGAAUAUACUUUGGUGUUGAAGCCCCUACAUUAGAGGAUUACUUGGCCAUUUGA